CUCUUCAACCGCAGAAGAAGAAGACAGCCUGAUAGCCAACAUGGCGGCUACAAUGUUGAGGUCGCUGUCCAAACUAGGACGUCCUUCAACUAAAUACAUCUUAAAUAAUACUCUGGUCAGCCCUGGCUGCACCGUCCUGCAACACAGACACAAGCAAUGGCAGCCCGAUGUGGAGUGGACAGAGCAGUUUGCAGGAGCGGUGAUGUACCCUACUGCCAUUAACGAGAAGUGGACUCCACCCCCAUGGAACGACAAGGACCCCCCCGCGGAGAAGGACGUGUCCAACCUGACCAUCAACUUCGGGCCCCAGCACCCGGCCGCGCACGGCGUGCUGCGGCUGGUCCUGGAGCUCAGCGGGGAGUCGGUGAAGAAGUGCGACCCCCACGUGGGGCUGCUGCACCGGGGCACAGAGAAGCUCAUCGAGUACAAGACCUACCUGCAGGCACUGCCCUACUUCGACCGUCUGGACUACGUGUCCAUGAUGUGCAAUGAGCAGGCCUACUCGCUGGCCGUGGAGAAGCUGCUGAACAUCCAGGCUCCUCUCCGGGCUCAGUGGAUCAGAGUUCUGUUCGGAGAGCUCACACGCAUCCUGAACCACAUCAUGGCCGUCACCACGCACGCCCUGGACAUCGGCGCCAUGACCCCCUUCUUCUGGCUGUUCGAGGAGCGGGAGAAGAUGUUUGAGUUCUACGAGCGUGUGUCGGGGGCCCGGAUGCACGCGGCCUACGUCAGACCGGGCGGUGUACACCAGGACAUGCCCCUGGGCCUGAUGGACGACAUCUACGAGUGGUGUAAGAACUUCUCCAUCCGAAUCGACGAGGUGGAAGAGAUGUUGACCAACAAUCGCAUCUGGAAGAACCGCACGGUGGACAUCGGCGUGGUGACCGCUGAGGAGGCCCUCAACUACGGCUUCAGUGGUGUGAUGCUGAGGGGCUCGGGCAUCAAGUGGGAUCUGAGGAAGAGCCAGCCCUACGACAAGUAUGACGAGGUGGAGUUCGACGUCCCCAUCGGCAGCAGGGGGGACUGCUACGACCGGUAUCUGUGCCGCGUGGAGGAGAUGCGACAGAGCCUGAGGAUCAUGAUCCAGGCCAUGAACAAGAUGCCCCCCGGGGAGAUCAAGGUGGACGACGCCAAGGUGGCACCGCCCAAGAGAUCAGAGAUGAAGAUGUCCAUGGAGUCUCUGAUCCACCACUUCAAGCUGUACACGGAGGGCUACCAGGUGCCCCCCGGGGCCACCUACACCGCCGUGGAGGCCCCCAAGGGAGAGUUUGGUGUGUAUCUCGUCUCCGAUGGCUCCAGCAGGCCCUACCGUUGCAAGAUCAAAGCCCCCGGAUUCGCCCACUUGGCUGCCCUCGACAAGAUGGCCAAGGGACACAUGUUGGCCGACGUGGUGGCCAUUAUCGGUACACAAGACAUCGUGUUCGGAGAGGUGGACCGUUGAGGCGGCCUGAAACCCAGACAACGACUUCCUUUAUGUUGAAGAGCUCCCGAUUUCAGCCGCACCCACUCUCUAUCUCUUUCUCUCUCUCUCUCUCUCUCUCUCUCAUCUCACGCUCGGCUGUAGGUUUGUCCCGAUCCACCUUUCAAAGUAGGGAGAUGGAGACUCCGGCUCUUAAUCAAUCAAUGUACAACGCCUAAAUAAACCCUAAUAAAUAUUUUAUGACUGACCUAUUCAUUGUAAAUCAUUU